AUGUCUGCAGCAUCGCCCCGCUAUUCUACUCGUGCUGAGUAUCCUUCCAAAGUCCUAAUUCGCGGGACCCCAGAGUAUGAGCGAUGCCGGCAGAACAAUCCAUCCGCAGACACUCCAUCUCGAUACCCGCAGGAAAUCCAUGUCGUCGAAACACCCAAUGACGUUUCCAUUGCCCUCAAGCGGGCGACUGAGCUUGGUGUUCCUGUGGGAGUCCGCUCAUCAGGCCACAUCUUCAACUUGCCCAAUCUCAUCGACGGUGGCAUCUUGAUUGACACGACGAAUCUAAACCGAAGCAUUGAAUAUGAUUCUAUCACAGAGGAAAUUUGCUUUGGCCCUGCUUGUCGCGUUGAAGAGCUUGCUACUAGGCUCAAGGACAUUAACCGAUUCUUCCCCCAUGGUCAUGCUCCUACAGUUGGCUCUGGCGGCUUCCUCCUGGCUGGUGGUCAGGGAUGGUUUGUCCGAGGCUGGGGCGCUACCAACCAGACAUGGGUCAACAAGAUCGAAAUGGUCGUUCCCGAUGGCCGAACCGUCAUCGCAAGUCGCACUGAGAAUCGCGAUCUUUUCUGGGCUGCUCGCGGCAGUGGCUUGGGCUUCUUUGGAGUUGUCACCCGUUUCUGGGGAAGAACCAUCAAGACGUCGCUGAUGUGGGAGAGAAUCCUCAAAUUCAAUAUCAACAGCGACAACUACAUGGCGCUCAUGAGCUGGGCCAUUGAACGUGGUCGCGACACCCCGAAGUAUGGCACGGAUCUGAACCUCACCAUCGACUACCCGGAAAAGUAUGACCCUUCAUAUACUACAGACGCCAUCCCGAUUAACGGGAAACUUACAAUGUCGCUGAAUCUGCUUUGCUACACCGAUACGAUCAGAGAGGCCCGCACCCUGCUGAGUGCUUACGACAAGAUGACGCCUGAAGUCCAGGCGGCUCUGUUGGAAAUGCAUCCUGUGCAGUCGAGGACAGUUGAGCAGGUGUUUGCACGGAAGCGCCGCUUCCUCGGUAAUGAUAGCAAAGACCGAUGGCAGAUCAACAGCAUCAUGAAUGAUCCCGAUGUUCCUCUUGAGAGAUUGCUGGAAGCGAUCAAGCCCGCAAUGCUGGAGCUGCCCACCAGAACCUCAUCUGUGUUCAUGUGCCAUUGCGACAUUGUCCCCGAUGAGGAAGAUGCCGCCCUCAGUCUGCCCCAAGACUUGUACAUCUCCACCAUUACCGGAUGGACGGAUCCCAGAAUGGAGCCUGCCAUUUACCAGCCUAUGCGUGAUCGAUACAGGCGAGCUUUCCCUGUCGCCGUCGGCAUGUAUAUCACGGAGCUGGAUGUUAACUGCGACGAUGCCAAUACCAAGGUCAUGAGCGAUACUGCUCUCGCCAAAUUUCUCAAGAUCCGGGAGAAGUGGGAUCCCAAAGAGUUGUUCCCCAAUUAUAAGAAGUUUGUCAAGGCUCACGACAAGAUCAACCGCCUUCAGAAUAAGGCGCAGCUGUAA